AAACAAUUCGUACUUAUGGCUAGAAGAAAUACGUUCCCGUGGAGGAUCAGAAAUUAACAGAUUUAAAUAUAUUUUCAACCCUCGUGGAAUGUGUAAAACUAGUUCCAAGGUGCUGCUACUGCUCGUUCUUGUGAAAUCAAAAGCUGGUAACUUCCGGAAGCGGCGAUACAUCAGAGACACGUGGGGCAAAGAUGCUCGAAAAAGGGGAUACAAAGUUGCAUUUCUUCUUGGAUAUAGCAAGUUGGAUAAAGUGUUUGUGGAUUAUGAAAAUGAGUUUUACGGUGACGUAAUUCAACAGGACUUCCGGGAAUCUUACCACAACAAUACCCACAAAAUAAAGAUGGCGUUUGAUUGGGUAGUUAACUAUUGCAAACGUGCACAAUAUAUAAUAAUAGUAGACGACGAUAUGUAUUUGAAUAUUCAAAACGCUGUAGGUUAUAUUUCACAAGCUGGUGUAGGCGAGGAUCGUUAUCUUUACAGUGGAUAUUUUCUUCAAGAACCCCUUCCCGACCGUUAUGUCAAAAGUAAGCAUUAUAUUUCUGAAGAACAAUAUCCUUUUGAUUGUUACCCACCAUACAUUGCUGGUGCCUGUAUAUUCCUUAACCAGCAUGCGGUACAGGGCUUUUACGGUGUGCUGCCUUACAUCCCAUAUUUCCCGUUUGAUGAUGUUUUCAUCGGAUUCCUUGCUCAAAUACUGCGCAUCAAACCUUUAAGUAACAAUUUGAUCAAACUAGAAGGAACCCCGCUUCACAUUGAUGAAAUAAAUGAAAUCAAGUGUAUAAUAUCACAACAUGGGUAUAAUGUCGAUUCUAUGUUUUAUAUUGCCUAUAAUUCUACUCACUCUCAAUUUAGUGCAGUAGAAAACUCAUGAUAUAUAGACUCUAUAAUUGAUUCAUAAUUGACAAAUGUUGGCCGAGCAAUAGUCUGCCAAUUUCUAUUGGCUACACAAGUCACAUGAUUCUACUGUCUGCUGCUACGUAAUGGCGAGGUUUGUUGAUUUGACUGAUGAUGAUGGAAUACAGAAUUUGUUAGAUGAAACGCAGAACAGAAACAUGGAAACAUAUUUUGAUUAUUAUUAUUCAGGAUUUGGGGUAUAUAAAACAACCUUAAAAAUGAAGGUGUUUAAGUGGAGGAUAUGUACAACAAUAUUUUGAAGUUGAAAAUUUUCAAAUGUACUUUAUUUUGUCCAAAAAUACAGAUUUAGAAGAAGAUAAUCUGGGGGGGGGGGGGAUUAAAACCUCUGCUAUAUUAGAACCUGCGACCUACAGUUCAGCAGUCGGUAUGCUAACCUACUGAGCUACUUAGCUAGAUAUCUAAAUUGAAAAGGAAAAGUCAAAUAUUGCUGAUAUUGAUUUUUUUCCUCCAUGUUUUUAAAGGAAGUCAGCCAUUAUGACGAUGUAGAAUACCUCCUUAACAAAACAGUUAUAGACUGUAUCCUCGGACAACAGCUGUUUUGUUUGACCCUACAGCUUCGGGCAACAGAUAUGUUCUCGGGUCAAGCAAAACCGCUGUUGUCCUCGAACCCAGUCAGUAACUAGAUAAUUUUGUGAAUUCUAUGCAAUUCACAAACAUUCUGUUUAGUGGCACAGUGUUUGGACCCAGGUCAAUUUUGAGUAAUAAAAAAUAAUUUGCAUUUUUCUGUUUUAUGCAUAUCUUGGAAAUGUAUGGAGUUUCGAAAUGAACUUUGGU